AUGGGAAAACUGGCGCAGGUCUUGGGCGUAGGCGUUAAGGGCCGCCUACGACUGGAACUCGAGCGCGACAAGUACCAAGCUGGUGAUCUCGUUCAGGGAACAAUUUUCCUUUCGGUCGAGGAAGAAAUCCGUUGCAGCGGCGAUCUGAUGUUGAUCAUCAGUGGGGUGGAGACCAUCACAUGGAUCAGGCAGCACGGCGAAGGCAGAACGCGCCACUCCGACGAGAGUGCGAUCUUACACGACGAGCUGGGGAUUUCAUGCCACCGAGAAGCUUUCCUUCCUGGAGAGUACGUGUUCCCAUUCAGCUACCAGCUGCAGCCGACACUGCCAGGGAGUUUUCAACUGUCGAACCGAAGUGCCGGCCGCAUGCGGAACAUUCGAGCCCAAGUGAAGUACGAACUGAAGGCCAGUCAACCCGUCCAAGGCGCGUUCAGGGCCGACUUGGAGACCAAGCGAGAGCUUUUCAUUGUUCCCGUCCCCACCGCUCGAAUCGUUCGUCCCUUGGAGCGCUCCACGAGCACCGAAAUCUGGAUGAUGACAAUGUUCCGGAAGGGGAGCUGCCAGCUCUCGGCCUCGAUGGAUCGGGACGUGUACACGCCACGGGAGAUGCUCACGGUGCGGUGCUCCGUGUUCAACCUCUCCAAAAUGAACGUUCGCGCGCUGUCGCUGCGUCUGUACGAGGACCUCGUGCUGCACCACAAGCGAGGAGGCGAUACGCGGACUUCAACCUGCCUGUGCGAGGGCGAGUUCUCGGGGGUCAUGGCAGGCGAGUCCGCGGACAGGACGGUGUCCCUGCACCUGGUCGAGUGGCUAACGGGCUGUUCCAUGCGUCCAUCGACCUCUUCGCGCUUUGUCAGCUGGAGUUAUCGCGUUGAAGUGCGCUCCACCUUCUUGAUGAGCCCCAGCGUGAGCUUGGAGUUCCCCGUGACCAUCGUCCACCAGAACAGCACGCUUGAGCCCGCGCGUGCAGCGGCUGCAGCAGCGGUCCAUGGUAUGAAGCGAAGAAGACAAAGCGGGUGGAGACAGUUGUAG